UUUUCAGAGAAUGUAUACAACACGUUGCAGCUACUGUUGGCGUGACUGCGGCUCGAGAAAUCAAUCCAGUUGUUAGUAGGGUGAGUUUUUUUUUGUGAAUUAAAAAAACAAAAGAAAAUAAAAUAAAAAACUUGCCAUUUUCUGGGCAUGGCUAAUGGUAAAAAUUUACAAAACAUUUUCUCAUUAAUUUGAUAUUAAGUGUUACCAAAAAUGCAUGACCAGCUUUGCAAAAUGUUAAAAAAAAAGGACCCGUGAAAUGUCGGCCGCGCUACGAUAUCUUCAAGAAUUAUUUCAAAUUAACAAGCUGUCCAAAUUAAUGACUAAAAAAUUAUAGCAACCGACAUCUCACAGGUUGUUAGAGAAAGGUUACAUGGUGCAUCGACCGGAAAUAUCUGACUCAACUUUGACUACUUAUAUCUCUGCUGGUUUUGGUUUUUUUUUGAAAAAGUGUCAAUUGACAAAAUAUUUAUCGUUUUUUCUACUACAACUUUGCAUUUUAACACUUUUUGAUAGCAGCAGACUUAGGCUUAGGCUUGACUUAGGCUUAGGCUCAGGCUCAUGCUUAGUUUUAGGCUAAGGCUUAGUUUUAGGCUUAGGCUUAGGCCUACUCUUAGGCCUAGUUUUAGGCCCAAAGGAUAACCUCCCGGAAAUACCGAAAAAUCCAAAAAAAAAGUUCUAACCAACCUCUUCAGUCUCCUCAACUUCCACUUCCUGGGGUUUUAAAAAUUGCGAAAAAACAAUUAAAUCCCAAAAUUGUUUAUUCACAUUUUUCACAACAAAUGCGCCUUUCUGAUUACACUGAGGACAUUUUUUAUCUCUAAUUUUCUCACGACAACUGUCACAUAACGUAUGACCGCAUGUGCCGAUGCAAGGGAUUCGGAUGGCGUUGUCUGUAAAAACAUCCAUUUUUGGAGCGUGUCCUAUAUUUUGUAAGUAGAGAUUUUUGAAAACUGACAGGAUUGUCGCAUGUUUCGACCCCUACAAUUUUUCAAUACAAAUAAUUAAAACAAAAUUGAAGUAUAAAAAAUGUAGGAAAACAAAUUUUUUUUUUGGUCGACUUCCAAAAUUAUGAGUGGCAAAAACUGAGUGGUUGUCACUUUUUGACAGUAAAUAAAAAAGUUUCUAAAAACUUUUGAAAAGUUUUAUUAUGAUAUUCGGUACUUUUCGGAUUAAAGGAGUGGAUCUUAACAAUCUUCCCACUGGCGCUACUUCACCUCUAAUGAUUUAAAAAUGAGUUUUUUGUAAAAUUUGAAAAAUCAUUAAAAUAAUUUUUUUAAAACAUAAUUUUCAGUAAUUACACCCAACUCUCUAAAUUUCCAAAAAAAAUGAAAACUUUCAGAAAAAUUUCCAACAAUAUUCACCAUAUUCCUCAUAGCAAAUUCCACACUCUGCAACUUUACUCAUUAAAAAAAAAACAACUAAAUGUAUUUAUUGAAGAGAAUUUCAAAAAGUCAAAUUCAUCAUUUAUAUAUUAUAUACUAAUGUAAGGUGAGAAAUUGUCUAAGGAACCAUAGGAAUGUUUCCUUCCUCAUCGCAAUUUCUCAUUUCAUGAGUUUACUACUUUCCUGCAAAAAGAUAACAUGUAUCUUAGGAACUAAUUUUUAUUUCAAUUUAUUUAUUCGAAUCGCAGAAAUUUCCGGCAAUUUUGGCUAUUGCCGAUAUUACAGAAACUAAAUUUGCAAAAGUUAUCAGUUAUCGGUAAUUCUAAGCCUAAGCUUAAACCUAAAACUAAGCCUAAGCUUAAGCCUAAUCCUGAGCCUAAGCCUAAACCUAGUAAAUAAUUUUACCUCUAGUUUCACUAUGUAUCAUUUCAAUUCAAUAACAUGCAAAAAAGUAAAUGGACAAACUCCACUAAAUUCAGAAAACCUUUGCUUCUGGUAAAUACUCUUUAGGCAGCAGGUGAUUUUAAUUGUCUAUAGGUGUUAUAACUCCACAAUAAAUUCUUUUAACAAGUUAUUAUAUAUUUUUAUUUCCAGCUCCCACUAUGAAUGUUGACUUUAAAGACCCUGUAUGGCUAAUCAAUAGUUACAAUUUUGUUGGUAUUUUUUCUAUAUCAAUAAAUACGGCGACUAUUUUUUUUGAUUAUUUUCAAAAGCGAGAAGAUGGAGAGUAUGAAGUAUCAUAUUCUGGCGUUUCAGGUGAUCUCCUUUAAAUGUGGAGUAUCGAAAUCUGGAAAAUAUUUUUAAUUGACUCCAAAUUUUCCGCUGAUUCCGAAUCUCGAUGUGAAAAAAAUCAAAAAUUCAAAAAAAUCUGAUAGAUUUGGAUUCUAGAUUUUUUAAAAAUAUUAUAGAUGAGUUUUUGGGACAGGAAAGUAAAUUUAAGCCGCGCUAGAGAGGUUUUUGUGUCGAGUUCCAAUUUUCACAGGUAUAUGUAGGCGCAAAAAAACAAAAAUAAAAAUUAUGGAAUUCCGGAAGAAUUGAAGUAAAUUUAAGCCGCGCUAGAGAGGUUUUUGUGUCGAGUUCCAAUUUUCACAGGUAUAUGUAGGCGCAAAAAAACAAAAAUAAAAAUUAUGGAAUUCCGGAAGAAUUGAAGUAAAUUUAAGCCGCGCUAGAGAGGUUUUUGUGUCGAGUUCCAAUUUUCACAGGUAUAUGUAGGCGCAAAAAAACAAAAAUAAAAAUUAUGGAAUUCCAGAAGAAUUGAACUCAUCCCACCCCUCCCACUCCCACUCCCCAGUCGAAGCAGUUACCGACUGAUCCAGGGAGGAUGAGGGAAGCCUAGCUCCUCGGUGUGUGUGACUUUUCCGACCUAGAUUUACAAAUUAAAAUCAAAACGGUUCACGGAAAAAAGUAAUGACUGUUGAAAAACUGCUUAUUUUAUUGCAUUUGUUCAAUUUAUUAAAUUUUCCAAUUUCCCGGUUGCCAAAAAAUCAAUAAAAUUCAAUUUUCAGAAAACCAAUAAAAUUAUAUUUCUCAUCAAAAUUCAAAUUUCUAUGACGUCGCCAGAAUUAAAUUUCUAGGUCACCGGUGACGUCUUCAGGCAUAGUUUAAGUUUUCUAGGCCACCAGUGGCGUCAUUUAUUUCCCCAGGUAUAAUUUGAAACUUCUAGGCCACCGGUCACAUCAUUAAUUUGUCUUCCACGGUCAAAAUAUUUCUCUUCCAGAACUAAAAUAAGAUUUCUAGUCCACCAAUGACGUCAUAUCUUCUCCAAAAAAGCUAUCAAGGUUUCCUAGACCAUUAGUGACGUAAUAAGUAGGCAAUGAUAUUUCUAGGCCACGGCCCCCCCCCCCCCCCUCUGAUCAAAAAACAAAGUUAUGAGUCAACUUAACUUAUUAGAAUGCUGACUCACCCAGUCAACACCAAUCUAAUCUUUCCCUGUCUCCUCCCUACCACUGCCUGCGCCUCUCCGUCUCGCGCGCUCUCUCUCCCACUCCGCUCACCGCCUGCGUCUCCGUUUCUCUCCCGGUCAUUCCUCAUUCACUCAAUCUUGCAAAAUUUCGGUUGUAACGAAUUUCGAGUUAGAUUUUUUCUAAAAAUAAUCAAAAAUUCCGUCGAAAAAUCAACUUGCGGCGAUGCUCAACGUGGAGCCCUCAUUUGCAGAGGAGCUGCGGAGCAGCGGGGUUUCUCUGUCGGCUACUUACCUCGGAAGUGUUCCAGUAGUCGAGUCAAUUAACGUGAUGGUUUCCGAGAUGAGAGUUCAAGUUGUUUCGUUAGUUUUUCUUAUGGCUUAAAAUCAAAAAAAAAUCUUAUUCAAAAAUUUAGAAAUCAGGCGGUAGGCAGGCAUGAAGGCAGGUAACAUCUGCAAGCUCAAAUAUAUAAAAAAUCUACGUAAUAAAGUAACUGUUCAAUUUUCAGAGAAUGUAUACAACACGUUGCAGCUACUGUUGGCGUGACUGCGGCUCGAGAAAUCAAUCCAGUUGUUAGUAGGCCGACACUUCACGGGUCGAUGAAAAAGCCCAGGUAAACCAUCCUUAUUUUCAGGUAAUCGGUGAAGUGAAAAAAGAAAACUUCCCCGUAGACAUCAACAUUUCCUCGAAAAUGAUCAAAAUCAUAAAACAAAGUCGUCUAAUUCAACGUCAUCCCUUCUCAUUCUUCUCAUUCGGAGCCCAAGGCCAAAAGGGUACGGACACGGAGCUAAUGUUCGGCUACAUUGCAAAAAACAAGGAUGGAACGGAUCGUCGAUGCCACGUGGUGUUCAUCGAGGAUGUGCACAAGCUCAUCGACGUCCUUACCACUGCGAUCAAUGUGAACACUUUUGAUGCACAGGCGAAUGCUUCAACUUCUAACGAUGGAUUUACGGUGCCGGCGCCGCCGAUGAGACAUCGAAGUUCCCUGCAUCGACAGUCAUUUGUGUCGAAUUGCCGAGCACCUACUGUAACUGAGGAUGUUGUGGGGAAAGUUUGGUAUCAUGGAAAUUUAUCCAGAGAGGAUGCACAGGCUUUGUUGAAGACGGAAGGCGAUUUUUUGGUUCGACAAAGCGACCACACGCCCGGCAAGUACGUGCUGAGUGGCCGAACCGCUGAAAACGAGCACAAACAUCUCAUCCUACUGGACAAUCACAACAGAGUCCGAACCCGCGAUCGCACGUUCAGCAACAUCUCCGAGCUCAUCGACUAUCAUGUGAACAAUGGGAUGGCCGUAAGAUCAGAGGGUCGGGAUCGCGAGACGUCGUUGAAUCUGAUCCGACCUGUGCCGUGCCCCGGAAGUGAUGAUAUCGAAUAGAGUCGGAAUUUGUUUCCUAUUUUUUUUUCGAUUUCUAGCAGAAAUUGAAAGUCGAGUAGCAAAUUGCGUAAGACUUUUUCCUCUUCUCGUCGCCCCCCCCCCCUCUUUCAUAUAAUUAGGUAGUUGUCCUUCUACCGUAACAUGUCAUUACUAUCCUCUUUCUUUCCUUCUUUUUUUUGCGAUUCUCCUCCUCGGCCACGCUCCAAUUAUACCCCCCACCCACCUGUAUUCUUACGCCACCACCCCAACCAGCGCACACAUCUUUUUGUAUUCAUUUUUCCAUAUAUAUUUGUAUUAUUACUACUAUUACCCUCACUACUGUUAUCGAUUUUUCCCUCCACAAAUUUAUGAUUCUGCACUGGAUCAUUUGGUCGGUGGUUGUGGUGCUGCCACCGCUGAUUCGAUCGGUGGCCAUUGUGGACACUUCUAUUGCGUGUGAUAAGGUAGGGAUGGCCUAGAAAAGUCACCUAGUCCAACACUCCCACCCCGUAUCUAUGUUUCUGCCAUCUUGUGAUAUUUGCUCCAUACCAUAUACCCUGCCCAUUUCUGUCCUACUUUCAUAUCCUGAAAAAAUGAAGUAUUUGAGAAUCGA